GUCUUUUAAAGAUGAAAGAUAUCCUCUAAACUUAGGGAAGAUUAACAUUACGUGUUAAUAUUUGGUGAUAACCUCUGUUCACAGAGAAGGAUUAGCAUUUUUGUGCUAGUUAUUUUGGUCAUCCUCUAAAAGUUUUGGAAGGUGAAAGAUCUUUUCCAUUUUCUUUCAGGGAAGAUUAGCGUAACAUGCUAAUAGUUUGUGUUGUUUGUUUGUUGUUAUUUUGUGGUGUUACCCUCUAAAAAUUUACUUUAGAGAUGAAAGUUUGAUCCUCUGUACAAGCAGGGAAGAUUAGCAUAAAGUGCUAGAAAUAUUGUGGAUAUCCUUUGGUCUACCAAAGAAGGAUCUAAACAAGUGUAGCCUCUGUUUGAUCAAAGAAAGUUUAGGUUUUGUGUGUGGUAAAGAAACUCACAAAAUGGUUAGGAAAAAAGCUAGGUUGGUUCCUACAACUGAGAAAAGUGGCCUUGCCACUCCAUUGUGGUCAGAUAGUGAAUUCAAAGCACUAUUAGGAGAACAAAUGAACCUAAUAGUUACUGAAAAAGUUAGGAAACAACUAACACAGAAAUAUGAGAUUCAUCCAGACAAGACUUGGUCGGUAGAUGACUGUAAAAAGUACUAGGAGCAUGUAUCAGAAAGAAAAACAUGAAAGGCAUAAUCUGUUGCCAUAGAGAGUUCGGUUUAGCACUAGCUUCACAACAGUCUGAGCAAAAGUCAGAGCUAGAGAAAGAGAACAAAGAGCUACGGGCUAGAGUUUCCGCAUUAACCAAGAAAUUGAACCGUAACAAAGAUGCAGAAAAAACUGAUGUGGAAGUAGUAAGUCAGCCUGAUAACAUCUACCCUGAUUUACAAGCAUUCUUUGAAAGAGAUGUAGACAUCCCAUCAGUAACUGAUAAGCAUGUCAAUUCAGUGAAUGUGUGUGGGGCUAGAAAAAGAUCGCAGGGAAUUGAAGAGUCAGAAACUGUUCCUUCCAGUGCUUCUGUUGUUCAUAUCCAAACUGUUGCCAAAACGCUUGGACCUAGAGAUAUAGAGAGAUUGUCACAGAGUUUGCCUUCAGCACGCACACAGUUUUCUGAAUUUAGAAGAGUUUUGAUCAGCAAAAUGCGUCUCUACGACAUGUCGUUAACAGAGGUCACACAGUUAAUGUCUCAAAUUUUAACUGAAUCCGAAUUCAACAGUUUUGAAUCUGCAGUGACCUCUGAACUACAACGUGCCAGUAGAAGUGAUAUGAGAGAAGCUGUUUUGAAAAUCCUAAAGAAUAUUCUAGGACCCAAGAUAGAUUGGUCUAGAAUUACUAACUGUGUACAAAAGAAAGACGAAACGGUGAAUGAAUAUACUGAGAGGUUUUGUCAGUCAGCUGUAACGUACAGUGGAAUAGUGGAUGAUUCUGAAAGUGUACUCGAUGACAAAGGACCGCUGGUCCGCAUCUGGUCAGAUGGCCUUGUAGUUGACUACAGAAGAGCGUUGCCAUUUUUAGAUCUGACUUGGUCUCACAGAACUCUAAGAAGUAACCUGGAAAGGUUGGCAGCAUGGAAAAAAGAUGCGAAUGUUAAAGCCAAAGUGAGAGUAGCAGCAGCAGCUACGUUUAGAACAAUCCAAACAGAAAGCAGGUGGCCAAAAAAAGAAGGCAAAUGUCACUAUUGUGGAAAAGUAGGGCAUUGGGAGAAAGAAUGUAGAAAGAAGUUGCAAGAUACAAAAAGAAAUGCCAUGCAUAAUUCUGGUCCUCCUCAGCCUGCUUACAACCCUGACGAGUGUUCCACAAGUGUCCACUGAGACUUUAGGACAGCUCGUCCAGGCUCUUCUAAGAGCACAAAAAGACCAGGAAAAAAACUAAUUGUUGGGGCUGUGAACAGCUACCUUUCAUCUGUAAUCCAUCAUAAUGACGAAAGAAUUUUUGUGAAAGGUAGCAUACAGGAGAAAGAGAUUGAUUUUUUGCUUGAUACAGGUGCAGAAUCUACUGUGAUUCCUACAAAAUUAGCUAAAGGUUUAAACAUCCCGUUCAAGAAAACCAAAUUUACUUUAACUGGUGUAAUAGGUGAAGAUUCUGUUUUGUAUGAAACCCCGCCCAUUGAGAUACAAUUUGGCCCGAAAACUCUGACUACAAAAUUGUUAUGUGCUCCAUUAAAUACAGGUGCAAUUUUAGGCAUGGAUCUCCUGAGACAAGUACAUCUAACUUUAGACUUGUCCCCAGAAUCUGCUAGCAUCCAAAUUUCCUCAGCACAAAUUUCUACCAGUGGGGAGAUCUCUCCAGAAUAUGCUUUCUUACAGAAUCAUCCAAUUUGGGCUAAAGACAAGGAUGAUUGUGGUUUGUUGACAGGUGCAGAACCAGUAAAAUUAACAGGAACUGCACCCCCCCGUCACUAAACAAUAUCCUAUCAAUGAGGAUACUAUUCAGGGGAUCAAACCUAUUGUAGAAAAAUUGCUGACACAAGGAGUGCUAGUUAAAACCAACAGUCCAUGUAAUUCCCCCAUAUGGCCCAAAAAGAAAUCUAAUGGGACAUGGAGACUCACAAUAGACUACAGAGUAGCCAAUAAACAUAUUGAUGUCUAAUGGAUUCUUUUCUGUACCGUUGCACCCUGACAGCCAGCCAUGGUUAGCUUUCACCGUUGACUAUGAGCAAUACCAGUGGACACGUUUGCCACAGGGAUUUCAAAACUCCCCAACCAUAUACCAUCAGGCUGUCAGAUGUGAUUUGUGUGACCCAGAAUGUGCGGUAAAACAGUCCACUAUGAUUCAAUAUGUCGAUGAUAUUUUGAUUGCCUCAACUGAUCACGAGGUACAUAAAACUGAAUUGGUAGCAUUGUUGGACUAUUUGCAUAAUAGAGGACAUAAAUGCUCAAAUUGCUAAACAGCAAGUCACAUUUCUGGGUCAAACAAUUGGUGCAGGGAACAGAUCCAUUAAACAGGAUAGAGCGGCUUCAGUCAAAACUAUAGCUCCACCUACCACCAUUAAAACACUCUGAUCAUUUUUAGGAACAGCAGGUUACUGUAGACCGUGGAUAGAAGAAUAUGCCUCGAUUGCUCAGCCUCUUUAUGACUUGUUGAAAGGUCAUGGUAAAGAUUCAGAUACUGUUUGUAUGGAAGAUUUUCACCUCAAGGCAUUCAAUGAUUUGAAGAGAGCACUAUGUCAAGCACCAGCAUUAGGAAUUGCCCAAUCUGAUAGACCCUUUGUGCUUUAUGUUCAUGAACACUUAGGCUUUAUGACUGCAUGUCUAAUGCAAGA